AGAUUCAAGCCCAAGCUAAUUCUUAAGUUUGGUUUAUUUUUACACAGAUUUGUUUCUUCAUUUAUUUGCUCACAAACAUCAACGAAGACAACGAUAUUCGAUAAGAGUCUAACACUAUAAGAAAGAGAUGGUCAAUUCUCAAGCUGAAGGACUAUUGUUAGAGGAUAUAAUUGACGACGACUCGCAUCAAGGUGUCGAUUCGAAACCAAUCAUCCCAACUGAUCCCACCCAAACACGUAACGCUCACAAAGUCGGCAAAGCACGCAAGACUUCCUUCUUCGAUCUUCCACGUGAGAUCCGAGAUUCCAUAUACCACCACUAUUGGCAAGCAGAUCCAUGUUUAAACGCCUCAAACACGCCUUGCGGCCAGGGUGCGCUCCAACUACGCUACGAAGGGUCCUAUAAGAUGGGUCUUUGCGGCCCCCGCUACGGGGUCCUCGAGCGGCUCGACGGCCGGUAUCCCCAGUCGCUGUUGUCAAAUAAGCAGCUGCUCCAGGAAGCACUCGAGCAGUACACUCGCAAGGCCGAGUGGUUCUGGGACGGCACUCCACUAGCCGAGCGGCCGCGUAACCCGUCCGCCAAUCUCAUCGAUGUCUCGAAGAUAUCCAACGACAUGACGUUACACAUCCACAGUUUAGCCAUGUACGAGGAUCCUAACCGAUACAUGGAUGAAAUUAUUGCAGGCAAGGAUCUGCAUCUGCUGGCCAAGGCUAUAGCGAAGAAGCACACCACUAUCCCGCGUCUACGCAUCUCAGGUUACAGUCGCGCGUUGUAUUACGAUGACAAGUCGGGGCUGUUCGACCAGGGCCAGCUCAUGAUUGGUAAGAUUAUGGCGUAUUUUUCGGGGUUUGAUAUCGCUCGGCUGGAGCUUGAAGUUUUCAAUAAAUCUUCAGAUCGAAGGCGGAUCUUGUGUGAGGUCAUCGGGCAGAAACCGUAUAUGGAGUUGAUUUUGAAAGAGGACGAGCAACAUCCGGAUCCACGGUAGAGCACAGGAUGGACAGGGGCGUAGUGGAUGCCUUUCGACUGCUUAGAAAGGGCUGGGGUGUUCCUACGAGGUAGAUGAGUUGGAAUGUUCGAUGCAUUGACCGAUGACACGUACCUGAAUCUGCUAUUAAACGCAGCGGAAAUGUUCACUGUUACUUUGUUUUACUCUGUUCCAUUUGUACGCCUUCAAAAUCUGACAUCAUCCUUGAUAGUAUUCAUAGUCCCUAGUACACCUCACGCCCUGGGCAUGUCGAAAUAACAAUGAAAACAUUCCCUCC